UCCAGGGGAAGCACUCAGCUGGCCAUCCAUCAUCUCUCCCACUGAAUACCACCACGAUUGGUGCCAGCCAUGGCGAGGCGCCGCCACUCUUCCUCUGGUCUCCUAUGCCUCGUCCUCUUCCUCCUCAUCGCUGCCAUGGCAGCGGACGGUGCAGGAUGUGCGCAGGCGGGACACCGGAAAUUGCAGCAAGUUCCAGGGCCACAGCCGCUGCCGCUACCUAACCCACGCCCACAACCAGGCCCACAGCCGGUGCCACUACCCAUUCCGAACCCGCAGCCUGACCCAAACCCACAACCUUUGCCGAACCCAGACCCAAAACCGCAGCCACAGCCGGACCCAAACCCACAGCCACAGCCAUUACCGCAGCCUCUUCCACAGCCACUGCCGGACCCAAACCCACAGCCACAGCCUCUACCACCACAGCCUCUGCCACAACCACUGCCGGGCCCAAACGCGCAACCGCUGCCAUUACCGCAGCCUCUGCCACUACCACCACCGGGCCCAAACGCGCAGCCCCUGCCAUUACCACCGCCUCUGCCACUACCACCGCCGGGUCCAAACCCACAGCCACUGCCGCAACCGGAUGCCCCAGGUUCAUAUCCGCAGGUACAACCGUUGCCAGAUUCAAACACGCCCGGGCGACAGAAUAACGCACUACAGGGACCACUUGGAAAUGGUGCAGCCCCAGCCUUAUAUUCAUGCGGUGCAACGUACAUACAUAUAUUCUUCAUGGGUUUAUUACUGUACUAUUUUGUUUAAAUAAAGUGACGCUUGUUCAUGUAAAUAAAUUUACUAUUUCUCUAGACUCCAUAAAAUAAUGUAUCGAUUGGGCAUCAUCUCUCUGUAUUUACAUUUGUACUAGUAUAUUAUUUGUAAUAAAUUUUUAUAUGAUUGUACAAGUAGUUUGUGUACUUAGAAAAGGCAGAACCAUUUGUGUAUGCAUUUGGUACACAUGUCGU